GUGGCAAAUGGUGGUGAAGAGCGUCAUCUUGUUUUUUUUGUCGCGUUGAGAGUUGUAAGAUUUUUACACGAAAAUCGAAUUAUUUGAAGGCGACAUUCGUCAACGAAUGAUUGAUUUAUUGAUUUCUUCGAUUUACGCAACUCUGAUAUUGGCACUGGUGCAGCAAAAUGCGUAGAUCAAACGAUGGUGACAACUGGCGAAAUCGAAAUGGAUCCUCCGAACAAAAAUCUAAUGGUGAUACAGAGGGUGGUUUUCAACGGCACUUUCACAGUAGAUCGAAAUAUGGCACUAAACCAUCCCCUCAAUAUGAAGUAUAUAGUAGAAGUCCUAACCAUGGGUACUCCAAUAGAAGUGGUUAUAACCUACAAGGAACCAAUAGCUUCACACGUCCUAGAUAUCACCGAUAUAACUCGUCGUACACACCUAGUGGCAAUACUUCUACUUGGGGUGGUAGAAUUGAAACCACAUGUAAUGUGCAAUACUUUAAUUUUACGCAACUGGAACAACUGGAUAAAAUGACUAGUGACAAAGUCAUAAUUAUGUUAAUGAAACAAAGAACAGAAUUUGAACAAUUCUUGAACAGUACAUUUACACCAGAUGCUUUAGUAGUAACUCUGCGGGUCCUCAGAAAUCUUUGCAGAGGUAAUUUCACAGAAAAUGUGACGGGGAUACUAAGCCGUGCCUGUUCUGAAACGUUUUUAAAAAGCUUAGAAUCGUAUCUGAUGUCAUUGCCUUUCGAAAUAGAGUCUGCUGCUAAGAAAAGUAACAAGAUUUAUUGGGAAGAUAGAAAUGGUUUCUGGAAGAAUUUAAUCGAAAUAUUCCAAACAAUGCUUGAUCUUCUGCCUAGCAAAGCUAGAGACGAACUUCCAGGGAUUCUAAACAAAAUGAACAUUAUUAUCACAAGCAUUGAAAACAACCAAGAUUAUGUAAUUGAUAAAAAUAUCAAGACUGCUGCACUAGAUAUGUCUAAUAAGUUGCAAAGCCAAUUACAAACUUUCGAAAUGAAAAGUGCGAUCUGUGCUAAAGAGUCUGAAAAAUUGGAAGAAAAUCCACCCGAAGACUUCAGGUCCUUGAGCAUCAUACCAACAAUAAAGGAUUUGUUUGAUAGUCAUCCUUUUAUUAGGAUUAAUAAAGUCACAGAAGCUUACAAUUCAGUAGAACAUUAUCUUGACGUGCACUUUCGUUUACUGCGUGAAGAUUUUGUACGCCCUCUUCGAAAUGGCAUUGAAGAAUACUUGAAUGACUUCAACCAACGUCAGAAUAAAAACCUUCGCAUUUAUAAGAGAGUCAGAUUUGUAGUUCCCGAGCGCGAUGAUUAUGGUGAUGUUCAUGAUGGGGUUGAAAUAUUUUUUGGAAUUAAGAGUCACGUCAAUUGGAGGGAUUCCAAAAGGCUUAUGUUCGGUGGACUAUUAUGCCUUAGCAAAGAUAAUUUCAAUACCAUAUUGUUCGCAACUAUUUCCAAUCGGGAUGAGAGAAAUCUUGCACAAGGAAUACUUACAAUCAAGCCAUGCAAUGGAACAGAGAUUACUUCGGAAAUUUACAACCAUGAUUUUGUUAUGUUGGAACCAAAACUAUAUUUCGAGCCAUACUUUCGAGUACUAAAUGCUAUGCUGCAUAUGGAUGAGACGAAUUUUCCAAUGAGAAAUUAUCUGGUAGAUGCUGAUACUUCGACUUUCCGACCUCGUUACAUUAACUUGGCUUAUCUGAGGUUCGGAGAAAUUAUAUUCAGAUACAAAGGAAUCGGAUUACCUGUAGCAUCAGACCAAACAUGGCCAUCAGCUCAGAAAUUAAAUCUAGAUGAAAUGCAAUACAAAGCAUUCAAAAGUGCACUCACGCAAGAAUUCGCACUUAUCCAAGGACCACCAGGAACAGGCAAGACUUUUCUUGCUUUGCAAAUAAUUCGCACAAUGUUGGAGAAUCGUGAAUACUGGCUGGAACAUGGGCCAGUCCUAGUUGUAUGCUUAACAAACCAUGCUCUGGAUCAAAUUCUUGAUGGAAUAUUAAAGUACACAGACUCUAUCGUCCGUGUUGGUAAUAGAUCAAAUAAUCCAAAAUUAGAGGAAUGCACACUCAAGAACAAACGUAACAACAGUUUCAUAAUCGGCAAUUCAGCAAGGCGUGCGCAGUCAAAUAUGUAUUUUGCAAAACAGCAAUUUCAAUAUCAUUUACAGAGAAUUGAACGAACCUGCAUUUUGAUUCAGAACUUAACACGAGAGAAUACUGUUGUUUUAUCACACGACCUGCAGAAAUAUUGUGGCGACUUAGUAUUACUUGAACUUGACAGUCGGGACAUCUUUAAACAGCUGCUCGGACCCAGCAUCUCAGAGGUUGAAUAUUUUGAAUCGAGGUGUAACCUAGUUGAGCCUGAACCUACUGGAAAUUCGGCAUAUCCAUGGCAAACUAAAUUAUUUCACAAGUUACGGUGUUCACUUUCUGACUCUGACUUUGUACUUCCUCUGAAAUGUAUAGACGAACUAAUACAUGAGAUUUAUGCACAAAUGCAUCUCUGCAGAAAUGAGAUGAGUAUUCUGCCGUUCGAUCCAACUACUGAAUUGGAGUACGAUAUUGCUGAACUACGUAAACUACGAGCAAAUUUAGAGCAAAAACUGGCUCAACAUCCAUUACUGAAUACAGAAGAAAAUCGACGUCCUCAACAUCCAAAUUGGGAAAAAUAUUGGCAAUGGAUAACAAUCAGUUAUGAAGGCGCAAUGUCCGAUUUGGUUAAGCUUAAAGAACGGUCCGGAUACUGGCUUCAGGAAUUGAACAAAGCUAAGGAGUCUUUUGAUUUAGAAAUACUACGGGAACAUGAAGUCAUUGGAAUUACUACAACAACCGCGGCAAGACUACACGCUUCCCUACGUGCUCUUCAUGCACCGAUAGUACUGGUAGAAGAAGCAGCUGAAAUUCUUGAAGCUCACGUUGUUUGCACUCUAACUAAAAGUUGCCAACACCUCAUCCUGGUUGGGGAUCAUAAGCAACUGCGACCAAAAGCAGCUGUUCACGAAUUGGGAACUAAAUAUAAUUUGAACAUAUCUCUGUUCGAAAGAAUGGUCAAUAUACAGGGAGACUAUACGCAAUUGACGAGUCAACAUCGAAUGCGACCGGAAAUUGCUGGAUUGAUAUGCCCAUCUAUAUAUGAGACACUUCACAAUCAUGAGUCCGUUUGCGCAUACCCUUCCAUCAAAGGAGUGAGCAAAAAUUUAUUUUUCUUACAUCACGAGCACGAAGAAGUUAGCUCUGAGUAUAAUGACGACAGUUGGACAAAUCCACAUGAAGCCAAAUUUCUAGUCGCACUUACCAGACAUCUGAUAUUACAAGGAUAUGAUGUAUCAGAAAUUACAAUAGUCUGUACCUAUGCUGGUCAAUUAUUCGUAUUGAUAAAGGAGAGAGAGCGUUAUGCAAUCCUCAGAGAUUUACGCAUAACAACGAUUGAUAACUAUCAGGGUGAAGAAAAUAAAAUAAUCCUGUUAUCAUUAGUACGAAACAAUAAAGAAGGAAAUAUCGGUUUUCUCAGAGAGGAAAACAGAGUUUGCGUAGCACUGUCGCGUGCUCGAGAGGGUCUUUACAUUACGGGAAAUAUGCAUAAUCUCACAAAAAAUAACCAUAUCUGGCCUAAGAUCAAAAAUGUUUUAGAAAGUGGCAAUACGAUUGGUGAUUGUCUCGAAUUACAAUGUCAAAUUCACCCUGCUGAAUUAAUAAGCGUACAAGGGUCAGUGGAUUUUCAAAAAUCCCCGGAAGGAGGUUGCUUGAGAAAAUGUGAUGCAAAGUUGUCUUGCGGACAUACCUGUUUGAGCGUAUGUCAUGUUGUUGACCGUGAGCAUAUUGCAGAGCAUAAGUGCCACCAGCCUUGUCUUAAAGCUUGCCCAAAAAGUCAUCCUUGUCCGCUUACAUGUUCUCAAACUUGUAAAGACUGCCUUGUAGUCGAAAAUCGAGAACUGAAAUGCGGCCACACUGUGCCUGUUCCAUGUUGGGUAGAUUCAGACUCAUUUUUAUGUCCUGUCAUGGUCAAUGGGACUUUACCUGACUGUAAUCACACGGUUUUAAAACCGUGUCAUAAAUCUGUCAACGAUUACCCAUGCUCGCAUCCAUGUGAUGUGCGAGUUCCAUGUGGCCACUCUUGCGAAUUGAACUGCCAUGUAAAUAAAGACCCUGAUCACCUGACGUACAAGUGUAAGAAGGACUGUACAAGAACUAAUCUCAACUGUAGUAUGAAUCAUGCAUGCAAAAAGCAAUGUAGUCAAAAGUGCGACUUGUGCGAUAUCAAUAUGAAGAAAGAACGCUCUUGUGGACAUUACUUUGAAUGCUUAUGCAGUCAAGAUGUCGAAGCAAUUGUGUGCAAUAAACCAUGCAAGCGUGACAUGGAUUGUGGCCACAAGUGUCAUCUGAAAUGCGGUGAAGUUUGUGGAAAAUGUCAAGUAAUAGUCGAAAAAGCAAGCACAUGUGGACAUAAGAUGAAAUUAAAAUGCUGCGAAGAGGCAACAUCUUCAAAAUGUAGCAAUGAGUGCAAGCUUAAACUAGCCUGUGGACAUCCUUGCAAAGCUAAGUGUAAAGAUCCAUGCACUACUGUGUGUAAGCUCAUGGUGCACAGAAGUCAACGCGGAUUGUGCGGUCACAAUUUUUCAGUGCCUUGUUAUUUGCAAGAAACAGGAAAUCCGUUGGAAUUAUUAAAAUACUGUAAAGAACCAUGUGUGACAGAACUGGCUUGUGGACAUAUCUGCAAAGGUAAUUGCGGAUACUGUAAACAAGGACGCAUACAUACACCUUGCGGCGAAAUCUGUGGCAACAUUCUCGUUUGUGGGCAUAAAUGCGAGGUUCCUUGCAGACAAGAGUGUCCACCUUGUAAGAAAGUUUGCGAAGUCAAGUGCCGCCACAAUAGAUGCAAUAAAAAAUGUGGAGAACCGUGCACACCAUGCAAGGAAAAAUGCGGUUGGGGAUGUCCUCACUCCAAAUGUACCAAACGGUGCUUCGAAUUCUGUGAUAGAGAGCCGUGCAAUGAAGAGUGCCCAAAGCUAUUAAAAUGUGGCCAUUCCUGUGUUGGUUUUUGCGGAGAGCCAUGCCCACCAUUAUGCCGGAUUUGUAAUAAAGAAGAACUUAUGGAGGAAUUUUUCCUUGGCAAUGAGGAUGAACCGAAUGCAAGAUUCAUAUUAUUGGAAGAUUGUGGGCAUUGCAUAGAAAGUGAAGGGCUUAUGAAAUGGGUAUCAGAACGCAGUGACCCAAUUCAAAUAAAAACCUGCCCACGCUGCAAAACGUUUGUCAGUAAAUGUAUGCGAAUAAUGAAUCAAAUUAAAACGGACGUGGCAGAUGUACAAGCAAUCAAGAAAAAAAUAUUUGGCGACCAAACAUGGUUGCUGAACCAACAACAGCUUUUUCUCAAAGAAAUCAAACGCAUGCAAGAAAAUCGAAUUUCACAGAAUUUCCUGGAUCUGAAUAAUUUUUUGAGAGUUUUGCACACCAAAGUGCUUCCUAUGACAAAAAAAAAGCGGCGGCAGGUUUUGGAUGUGCGAGCAACGGAAACUACCAAGAUCACACUGAACAUUUUACAGCAUAUAAUUGAAAAACUGGAGAAUAUAGAUCCCACAAUUACGAUCUAUCCAUGGUUAAAUAAUCAGGUUGUGAUGUUAGUACAAUCACUUUCAAUUAGGGGACAGAUUUCCAAUCAGGAAAUCAACGACAUCGAAAAAGAACUUCAGAGAUUACAUUACAUGGUUGAAAUUUGUAAGAUGAAUCUUCAGAUCGUCUUCCAGCAUAGUGACACUGUGGGACAUGAAAUCGGAUUUAUAAAUUUAGUGGAGAAACUUACAAGUAUUCAUAAAUUUACUGAAGAAAGAGAAUUGGAUAUUAAAAAUCAGAUACAUAUACUCGCACCAUUAUUAGAUAUGAAAAAGGUCAUCCUGAUGGAUAACGAGCGUAAGAUGAUUGUUAAAGCAAUAGGCUACAAACAAGGUCAUUGGUUCAAGUGUCCGAAUGGACACAUUUACACCAUUGGAGAUUGCGGAGGUGCGAUGGAAGAAAGCAAAUGUAACGAGUGUGGAGCUGCCAUUGGCGGUGGAUCACAUCGUUUAAGAAGCGAUAACUCAUUGGCUACUGAUAUGGAUGGAGCUACACGUCCUGCUUGGCCUCUGUGAUAAACCUACACAUUGUUUGAAUAACAACAAAUAAACUUACGUUAACGAGUACCACUUAUCCACUCAUGCUUUUUAAUAGUCUGUAUUAAUCGGUUUACUCUAUUUUUUGGUAAUCAUCAGUUCGACAGGAAUCAGAGAUUCGAAACUGAACGAUUGUGAAAUCCGAUCGCUCUCGUUUCUCAGCGUAACUUUUCCAAUUAAUUUAUCAA